AUGGCCCAGUCAGAUGGGACUCCGCCGGUGUUUGUUGUUGGCCAGCAUGAAUCCGAGAGGAAGCUGUGCAUCACCAAUGAAAUAUCUCAAUUGGCUCAUGAUGGUGGCUAUGACAUGCUUACCACACCAAUAACGACACCGCACUUCCAAUCGCGUGUUCUUUCUCUACUGUCUGGUCACCUUUCUGAGCUACAACAACCCGUUCAGGACCCAACUGGCACAUACUUCACCUCUCGUAACACUUCACAUCUUAAAAUCCCCUCAUUUGCAAUGGCGGAUACAAAUCUACGACCCGAUGGAACCAAUAAUUAUGUGGUUGCUGUAUCAAGUCGAUGGAUAGAUAUGUGCUCCCCAGAUCCGCUGAUUGCUGAUAUAUCUCGCCAAGUUCUUUUGUUGGAACUGGCCUAUGCUGCAUUUUGUGGUGUUCAUCAUGCUAUCAUCCCCGGGCCGAAGCUCCACCAUGGGAAUUUGCACGGGGAGGGGUUGAUAUACUAUGCGCGAGCAAUCCAAGAAGCUUUGUCUACCGCGCCAUAUAUUCGAGUAAAUAUAUGGCUACCUGUGGUCGAUAACCCUGGUUUGGAAACAAAUCAAAUGGGAGACCUUUCUCCAUUUGCAAGACGUGAAUAUUUGAGUAACUCGUUGACUGAAGCAUCCCCACAACUGGAUAUGUUUGGGACGUGGAAUGCAUGGAACAUUAUUAGGAAAGUUUGUAAAUAUCACACAAGACUCACAGUAGCUCUAUCAUUACCUCGCCAGCUGCCUCCAUCAACUGUGCAGUCAAGGUGGUUAUCAGAACCUGUCCGCAUUCUUACUUUGGGGGGCACAUCGUUUGUGAAGAACCCCAAAAAUUUUCCCGUCCUUAGCAAGGCACAUCAAUCAUACAUAUUCCGUGCAAUGAGAGGCAUCCCUCCAUGGAUUUUUCUUUGUGAUGUCGGCCCAAUUCCUGGACUGGAGAAGAUAGAUGGUUAUUCCCCAACCCCCGCAGAGGCAGCUCAGUCUCCCAGGAAGAAAGAGGAUAUAACGCCCCAUUUAUCAUACAUACGAAAUCUAGAGAAGAAGCAACCACUGUGGUCUCGUGUAGAGAACUUUACUCUUGGCUAUCAAGACUAUCUACAAGCUCCACUGCAGCCUCUCACAGUCAAUCUCGAAAGCGUGACUUACGAAGUUUUUGAAACAGAUCCAGUUAAAUAUGAAUGGUACGAGCGAGCAAUCACUAAAGCUCUAAAAGACUGGAAACUGGAAAAGAAGCCAACUUCGGACCCUAAUGGCCGAGUAGUAUUAGCUGUGGUUGGUGCUGGGCGCGGGCCUUUGGUUUCUAGGGCAAUCCGUGCUAGCGUUGAAGCUGGUGUUGAUAUAGAAUUAUGGGCCUUGGAGAAGAACCAGAAUGCAUUUGUUCAUCUCCAGAGACAGAAUGAAGCAGUAUGGGGCGGGAGUGUGACACUAGUGCAUUCUGAUAUGAGAAGCUGGAAAGGACCAGCCCGCCAGGCGAAAGCCGAAGAUGCGGGAGUUGAAAGUAGCAAGCUUUCUACUGUAUACUACCCUAUCGACAUCAUUGUUUCGGAACUUCUUGGUUCCUUUGGUGAUAAUGAACUGUCACCGGAAUGCCUUGAUGGUGUUGAACAUCUUCUAAACCCGACUCACGGAAUCUCCAUUCCCACUUCAUACUCAUCACACAUCACCCCGAUUUCAUCGCCACGUCUCUUUGCGGAUAUUCAAAGUCAGGUCAAAUCUAAUCCAGCCGCUCCAGAGACUCCAUACGUCGUUAUGCUACAUGCAUUCGACUAUCUAUCUAUUACUGCCUCUAUAAAUCCCAUCCUGGGUAGUGCAUCUUCUAGCACAGCGGCGUUAACCUCAACCUCAACUCCCUCUACAACACCGCCUCCCAUGAAAGAAUCGGACACUCCCAUCGUUCUAACAGCUUGGUCUUUCUCGCACCCGAACCCUAACAUACCGGAGGAAUCUAAAUCAUUAGCUAGGCCUUCAAAUUCCCACAACACACGACAAACUAGACUUACGUUCCCGUGCAGCGAGGGCGGAACAUGUCAUGGCCUGGCAGGAUAUUUCGAAACCGUUUUAUAUGGGGACGUUGAGCUAUCGACUAACCCCCUGACUAUGGAUGCAAAAAGCAAGGAUAUGAUAAGCUGGUUCCCUAUCUAUUUCCCAUUGAAGAGUCCACUAUACGUUCCUGAGAACUCCGAUAUUGUUUUAACCAUGUUUAGACAGACAGAUGAUCGGAAAGUCUGGUAUGAAUGGUUUGUAGAGGUAUUUAUGCAUCAGAAUAGGAUAGGGCUGCGUGGAGGCAACCAAUCGAAACGAAUACGGGUAGGAAUGAGUGAAAUGCACUCUAGUAUCCAAGAGGGAUGUUUAAUGUAA